AAUACCACCUAUAGUAAAAGGCCUGAGCGCUGAAUCGUUAUCACCUUCUGACGUCACCACUAGUAGAUGGCUCGAUUGUGUUUACCAUUUGAAUUUUAACUUUAACGUACAUUUAAUGGCGAGUUCGUGAAAUAGAGUAAAACUUUCGUUAAAAACGUUAUUAAAAUGAUGACAUUUUAAUUAAUAUUCGUUCUAAAAUGUGGUGUAGGGAUGAGAUAUUGUUGUUUUCAACUACUGGUGGUGUUGGAUUACUUUAUUUUUGUACAAAAGUGAAUUUUUCGCGAUCUGUUUGUGUUGUGACAUUGUGUGAUUCGGAUGUGUAGAUAUCUUGUGAAGUGCAUAAAAAUGAAAACUGAUGUGUAUUAGUGCCUGUGUUUUACUGGAAUAACAUCGCAGUGAAAUGAAUAGUGAACCAUAUAAUCUAAAAUGCGUUUUAAAUCUGCAUUGUGAAUACAACCAUCCAACUACAAUGGAUGGAUAAGGUUAUCUAAUCAAGAAUCAAGAAACCAUCAACAUCUCAAACCAAUUAGAUGAUUUUAGUGGGAUUUUGACAAGAUUCGACGAUUAUUUAAUUAUAUUUCACCAGUGAGUGUUGUAAUAUCCGCCAAAAGGUAUAAUUUUGUCAAGUUUAUGUAUAACUUUCAUCUUUAAUGUUGAAAAACAGUGUUGUUUAUAACCUAAUUUCUUCAUUUUUUUUCAUUAAAAUCAUUCCUACAUGAUCAUAAAUUCAUUAUUCAUGUAGAUAAAAUAUGAAAAAUAAAAUUUUCGCAGGAUUUAAUUCGUUUGAGUGCAUUUUUCAUUCAAUUCUAUAGUGUAUUAUGAUAUGUUAGAUACGUAAGUACUACCAAGUAGCGAUGACGUCACAAAACAGCGCUCAGGCCUUUUACUAUAGGUGGUAUUGACUAGUUCCACUUCAACUACGAUAAUCAAUUCCCUGAAUCUCAAACAAAAAGAUAGGUCUGGUAGAGUAGUACUUGGCCUCUCUUUCAUCAUAUUUUGUAAGCUUACAAUGAAAUCAGUCUCCAGUCUCUUUUCUACGUCAGUUUUAGUUUGAUGUUAUCGUGAAUUCAUAUUCAUAUUGUUGAAUGAUGAUACAUGUUUUGUUUUAAUAACUGCCAAUACAUAUAGCUAUAAUUCUGUUGUGAUUAUUGACAGAUCAAAGAACUGAAUUGUGAAGCCUUGAUUCAAGAGCAUUACGACAAUGGACAACGAGCAGAGUGCACCUUCAGUCUGCGACGCGAAUUCUUCAAAUAACGAAUUCGAAGAAUUGUCUAUUGAAGAAUUAUCCAAAAAGUUCAACUACCAAUACAAAACUUUCUGGGACAAAAUACCCAAAGCAAAGGUAGUCAUCCAAGAUCAGUCAACAAUUGUAACAGCCAGUAAAGAUCUAGUUGCCGGGUUGUUUUUGAAGAAGAAAUGUAACGAGAUCUUAUCGCUAGCUUUGGACUUGGCGUUUUACGUGGUCGUGAAACGCACAUCGACCGCAGAUACUUUUAUUUACGAUGCAGUAUCGACGUUUGUAUCUUCACUGACGAACGAUGAAAAAGCUCAAGCUGAGGUAGUUGUCAUCCUCGAGCCUAAAGGAUGGUACGACCAAUGGGUUAGCAAAACAUCUGCAGCUGCAACGACAAACGCCCUGGAAAAAAAAUUUCUGGUUCUAUUCAGCGAACUUGAAAAAAAUAAGAACAUAGCUUUUCUCGGACCGUGGUUGGCUACAGUUCUUCUCAGAUUGGAAAAACGUCCAUCUUCCGUUGCUAACAAAAUUAUCAAACUUUAUCAGCAUAAGAAUAUUAUGCAAGGCGGUUUUUACGUGGAUGAAAAAUCUUUCCAAGCAGUGGAAGCUCUGUUGAAGAGGUUUACGAAAGUUUCUCUCGAUAAACAGAAGAGAAAUGCUCUUUAUCGAGCUAUGAUUGAAAUUUGCCGCAAGGAGAAAUCCGAUCGUGUGAUUCGAGGAAUCUGGGAUUUCACUUCUCUGCAAAGCAUGUUUCGCAGCGGAAUGACACUGGUAUCGUUAAUCGACACUUUUCAUCAGAAGGAAAAAUUUUUAAAAUUGUCAGAAAUUAUAGAGAUUCUGGGAACCUCUGAUACAAUGAAAUCUUGGGAAACUUAUCUCCACUUCCGCAGUUUUUUAAGCAGUUUAUCGGACGAAGAAGAGCAAUACUAUACGUAUUAUGCUCGAGAAUUCGAGUCGAACGUUUUCGAAAACUUAUCGUACACUAAGAAUAUGAAACUAUGCAAUUAUUUUGCUGUAUUGGAUGAUAUAUCCAAGCUACAAAGACGCUUCACUGUAUCCGAUUUCGGACCAAGCUACUGUAGAGGGAGAAAUAUAUUCAUACCUCCUUACUGGGAGAAAAAUAUUACAUAAUUACACAACCUGAUGCGAAUAUCCGGGCCGCGAUUCCUUAUCUCAGGGGUGGAUUAGCCCUUAUCAUGACGUAAUUAUUAACCAAUAAUAGAGAAGGAACGCGCGCACCAUUCCCCCACUUUAUCCCCACCAGAUUUUAUAUAUUUCUACCCUGAGCUCUGCUAGUUUUCACCCUCACAAAUCAGUCUUCAUAUUACUGCCGUCCUGCCUGGUUCUCCCUUGGACUACCUUGGUUGAACUGGCAGGACUGGGCCUGGAUUGUCCAUCAAUAUUAUUUCAUCAUAUUGAUUCUAUUUAUUAAUUCUAUUAAUUUGGUGACAUAAAACUAGCCAGGUAUAUGGAGCUCAGGGGCCACAGUGGGUCAGUGGUACUCUUUAUUCCGAGUCUCAUAAGAUGAUGGGAUAGUAUGUAUACUAGCUGACUUGGUAUACUAUCUAUUAUUUGCACUGAAGUCAGGAAGAGGUUACUUCCGGAAGAUCAAAACAACCUAUUCUCGAGGUGUACUUAGGUACUCAUUCCUUUUCCUUGUUUAAAGUAAAAACAUUGUAAAUUAACUGUCAAGAUACCACACAAAGUAAUUGCACAAAAAACCCCACAAUAAACCAUUGUAAUAACGUUUCGUGACAAUACAGAGUGUUUGAAGUUAA